UCGCCUGCGCGCACUGACCCAACGUCGUGGGAUCGAGCACCGAUGCCUUCAAUCACCGGCAAAUGAAAUUACGUAGUUUUCCUUUUUUUCUCCAAACACGAGAAAACACCGGCAGCGGCUGCUGCAACUCAUCCCACGCAUCCUCGACGCCUCUCCCGUAGAUCGGACUCGCGCGACUCUUCCUCUCCUCUCCCCUACGGACGGACCAUGGCAGGGCGCCGCCGCUGGCCACCAGGCCAGGCCAGGCCGAUGGUAGUCCAAGCUCGACCUUUCUCCCCCAGGUGCAACUUCAUCUCCUCCUCUCCCCUCCCUUCCCCAGCGCGCCUUCCCAGGCUCUGCCACUCGCGACUUCGACUCCGCUCCCUUCCCUGCCCCAUCGUGACCUCGACAUCGGCGCGCUCUGCCUGUAGGUGCUCCUGUUUGGUGUCAUGGCAACCGACGGAGAUGGAAUCGCCGGAGGCGUGCUCAUCCGAGGAGGUUUCUCCUGAAUCACCGGCGGCCGAGGCGCGCCCGUCCGAGGACGAGCGCUCGGCGGGGCCGUGCCUUCCAACUGGGCACCGGGGCGGUGUCUCAGGUGUCCUCUGGCGCAGAUGGCUACAGCUGAUCAGCAGCUACUCCUACUCCACUGCACCAUCUUGCGUCUAUUACUGAUUUGCUAAUCAAUUGUUGUGGAUUGAUUAUUUAAUCGUCUAUGUGUCAUUGUGUGCAGGUGCAGGCUGUGUAAGUGACGCAACCGAGUGGUGUACAGAUAGAGAUGCCGAUUGCACAUAUAUGUAUGUAAUAUUCACCCUUUAAUCCUGGUAAGGUGGUCCUUAUUGUAUGUACUUUAUUGAUUUAAUAAAAAGUUUGAAAUAAUUAAGUUCUUGGCUUCAAUAAUCUGAAGUAUACAAGGAAAUAGAACUUCCUGAAUGCACUCAAGACAGAAAAGCAAGAGACGUUGCAUGAUGAGUACGUAAUUCUGGAACAAAGAUAUUUGAUUUCAGAUGACUUGCUCCUUUAAGGAUGAAAAUGCAUUGGGUUAGUGAUGAUGUAUGCAAAAUACUUUGACAGGUUCUUCACAAGAAUACUGCAUUUGUUCUUUGCAUGACCACCGUCGAGAAUGAGGGCAAGCUUCAGUUCAGCAAGAUCCCACAGGCUAUUAAGGCCAACUUCAAAGAUAAGUUUCAUGAGGUCAAGAAGAACUGGGGUGGUGGUGUCAUGGGUUCCAAAUCACAGGUGAAAACCAAGGGCAGGGAAAAGCUGCUUGCCAAGGAAGCUGCUCAGCGGAUGACCUACGACACGCCCUGUUAAAUUUUUCUUGUAUGAUCAUGCGCAAUCAUAGUGAUGUGUAUGUAAAAAAUGCUGCCAUAGGAUAUUCUCACUUCGUUUGCUGGUUUGUUUUGCAGCUUUACAUGGCUGCAUUAGUCAAAUGUUUUGAGAUGGACGACUAGGGGCCGACAGAGUUCUCUGUAAUGGAAAGCAUUUUAACUGGCAAGGGAAACCAUGCUUGCCUAUAUAUCAUUUACUACAUUCUUUUGGACCCAUGUUUACUGCCUAUCAAUUCAGACUUUGUCAAAUGAAAACACCCAAUUUCAUGUUUGUUUUGGAUAUGUUCUUGCUGCCCGGCCCAUAUGCAAAUUUGAUGUAUACUUUCUCUGUGUUUUCAAACAAAUAAAAAACUAUGGCAAUGUAUGUGGCCAUUAAUUUGGUUUAUUCUAAUCACAUCUCUACUAUAAUUGAAAUCUUCUUGAAGUCUCCUCUCUCCUUCAAGAUCAACGGCUCACAACACACCAACUAAGAGUCCAACGUCUGAGAUUAAGAGGUGAGAAGCCGCUUCCAACUCUCCUCACUCGAUUAGGGUAACAUAGGCUUUCUUUGUGCCAUUCAUUUUUUAUUCAUGAUCAAUUAUCAAAACAUGUAUUGUCUUUUGUUUGGUCGAUUUGUGUUUUUAGAUGACACCGUAGCGUUAGCACGGGUAAUAUACUAGGUGGGUCCUAUAUGAGAUAAGGAUUUGGUCUAUUUUUUCUAUUGGAGUUGGGUCUUCACUUGAGCCCCUACUUUUUUUAUCAUAACCUGUAAAUAAAAAUUUAAAGACUUAAUUUAGCGACUUGGCUGGAGUUGCUCAAAUUCCGGGUUCGGUCUUCGCUCCAACAUUGCGAAGAAGAGCGGCGGGAGAUGCUUCUGAAAGGGGCUACAUAUGUCCAAUAUACUGUAUAACUAACGAUAGUUUGGCAUAUAUAGAUGUCGUCGACGGGGCUAAUGAGCACCAUCGUCGUUACCAAAUCCUCGCCGGUGGUCGUUUUUCCGGCUACCUCGCCGUCGACGGCAACGCCGACGACGGUGAAGCACAUUAAACUCUCAUCCUUCGACAAGGCUCUCGCGUUCUCCCCGUUCACCUCGUUCCUUGUGUUCGACCACGCGAUCCACGAGCCAGCCGAGACCGUGCGGAGCGCCUUGUCGCGUGCUCUGGUCCACUACUUCCCCGUCGCCGGCCGUGCUGUCGUGGAUGCCGACGACGGCGGCGGCGUGCUCCGCAUAUCUUGCACCGGCGAGGGCGUCCUGUUCGUCUCCGCGUCGGCCAACUGCUCCCUGGACGACGUGAAGCUCUUCGACCCGCCUUUCGCUGACCUUCUGAGGGAGCUCGCCGUCGUCUACCCCGAGGAGAGCUGCCGCCAGUCGGACCCUUUGCUGCUCGUGCAGGUGACGGAGUUCUCCUGCGGCGGGUACGUCGUCGGGACCACGUGGAACCAUGCCCUUGCUGACGGCACGGGGAUGGCCCAGUUCCUACACGCCGUCGGCGAUCUCGCACGGGGGCUACCACAGCCGUCCGCCGUGCUCCCUGUCAGCUGCGGCGACGACGACGACUCGCUCCCGGAGCUGCCGCCGUUGGUCACCUUCAUCGAGAAGAUGAUGGUGACGCUCCAACCACAGGGGUUGGUCUACCAGGACAUCACCGUUCCAUGGAAACUCGUCGACCGUAUCAGAUCCGACUUCGCCGCCGCCGGGCACGACGAGGAGCCAUGCACCGUGUUCGAGGCGGUGGUGGCCGUGUUGUGGCAGUGCCGCACCCGCGUGGUCAUGUCCGACUCCGACCCCGACGCCCCCGCGCCGCUCGUCUUUGCAGCCAACGUUCGCAGGCACGUCGGCGCCAGGGACGGGUACUUCGGCAACUGCGUCACGUCGGCGGUGACCAUCCCACGGAGUGGCGAGGUGGCGAACGGCGACAUCAAGGACGUCGUGAAGCUCAUCAAGCGCGCCAAGCAAGGGAUACCAAGCCAGUUCAUCAAGAACAACGACGACGACGACGACAGCGCCGCCGCCAACGGAGAAGAAGAAGAAGAAGAAGAAGAAGAAGAAGGCGGUGGCGGCCUGCACUACCGGCAAGCAGAUUAUUAUUCGGCGCCGACGGCGACGACGAUGAUAGAGCAGCUCGGUGGCGUGCUGUUCGGGUACAACGCGUUCUACGUGUCGAGCUGGCGGAACCUCGGCUUCGACGCGGCGGACAUGGGCGGCGGGACGCCGGCGAGGGUGAUGUGCCACGUGGAGCUGACGGCGGUGCCCAACUGCGUCGCGUGCGUGCCGUGUCGCGGCAAGGACGGGGCCAACGUGCUGGCGCUGUGUGUCAGGGAGGAGCACGUCGACGCCUUCCUCGCGGCGCUGCAAAACUUCGUCAUGUGAUUGACGAUGCAUCAUCGCGCAUAUCAUGUUCAGAUCGUUGGAAGCAGCUUAUUAUUGCGUGACACAUCUUUGUUGAUUCGUAUCUGUAAUUUGUUUUCUGAGUUCAUGAGAAAUAUUGUUCGUGGCGUCUGAUAGGUAACUAUU